AGGCGCUCUUUACCUGAUUCCUCACUACUUGACCAAGGUCGACAGUACUAUACUCUACUAGACUUUACCAUCACUUGCACUAUGAGAUCCAUGGAAGGUGUCUCCGGUCUGAGAUGGCUAUCUAAAACACUAGCAGUACUUGUGUGCUUGAUAAAAAUCAUCUCUGCUGGAAAAGAAUGUGAUUUCGGGCUGAAAGUGUUGUGGUCGGCAAAAUUGAGAGACUCCCCCCUGACUGCUACACCCCUUUUGUUUGAUGUUGAUGGAGACGGCUACAAUGACAUCGUGGUGCCCUCGUUCAGUGGAGAGGUGUGGUCUGUUCAUGGGGAGAGCGGCCAUAUUAUCGACAACUGGCCAUUUUAUCUCGAGGACAGAGCCUUCCACGCCAGUCCAUUGGUGUAUGAUCUAAAUGGUGACGGAGUGUUGGAAUUCAUCCUAACCACAACUGAUGGGGAAAUCGUGUUCCUACAGUCAGACAACACUCUACUGCACGGGGAGACCAUCAAGCUGCCCCCACUGCGAGUGGAGCGUAACUGGUACCAGGAGAAGGCCGAAUACAUACAAAAACUAGCCGAACAGAUGUCUCAACAGUUGGGCGACAGCUUCUCAAUCAAACCACCAAUGAAAAGAUCGACUAAAACAGACACACAGAGAAACUUUUCUAAGCCAUAUUCUGAGUUUGAAUCAAAAUAUGGCCGGUUUGCCGACCCCCUCUACUCAGCCAACCAACCAGAGCACCCUCCCUCAGGGGUAGAUCCUGCUGACAAUGGUUAUGUAUUUGUCGAUGCUCAUGUUUUGACCACACCCGCUUUGGCAGACGUGGACGGAGAUGGAGAGAGGAAUGAACUUGUGGUUCCCGUAAGCUUCUACUACGAUCCUAUAGAGUAUGGACAAUCAAAAAUUGGCGGAAAAAUUCUUAACGGACUAGAGAAAGAUGAAUUGAUGAACUAUGUUGCUGGAGGGAUUGUUGUUUUCGAUUUGAAACGAAAGGUUGUGAGUCAGAAAAUUCUCAAGAUCACUCGAACUAACAGCGACCAACCAGGCUAUCUCUUAGCCACUCCUACUGUUGUAAAACUAUCGCAGGAGAUGGUGAUAAUCGUUGGCUCUGCUACUGGGGAAUUGCACAUGCUCAGAGCGAAUGACCUCUCAUCUGUCGAGGGAUUUCCCCUGAUGCUAGACUCUGUUUCAUCUCAAGUUGCCGUGGGCGACCUCUCGGGUACAGGAGCUAUGAAUAUCAUUGUCGGAGAUCACAGCGGCAAUGUGUAUUGUAUUGACGAAGCUGGAAAAAGAAUAUGGGAACAAGAAACUAACGUGGAAAUAAUUUCGAGCAUUCGAUUUGGUGAUUUGGAAAAAGACGGAAAACUGGAAGUAAUUGUGACCACCCAGUCGGGUGAUUUGUGGAUACUAAAUGGACAAGAUGGUACUCCCUACCCACCAAACUACCCAAUGCAUCUCAAAAUACCUACCCAAUCGGCUCCUCUUCUACUACACCUUAGCAGCACUUCAAAGAACGGCGGUGGUCGUCGCUCAAACGGUUUAGCAGUUGUACUGGCCACUUCAGAGGCUAUCUACAUCAUCGACACACUCACUAUGUGUAUGGACAAGUUUGAAUCGGAACAUAUGUUUAUGGAGAUUCUAGCUGACGAUGUCGACCCCUACAGUCCUGGCAUGGAGUUAUUGGCUAUUAGUUUGGAUGGCUACUUAGUCUGCUUCUCGACUGCUAGCUCUGGAAUGAAUGAACAAGACAUGGCGUUGGAAUCAUGGGCAGGAGAUGCGAUUGGCCAGAAUGGAUUCACUCACAAGAGCGACUCUUUUGCACUUGUUUUGCCACACGCGAAUAAUACGGUUAGAGACAUUUCAGGGAAGUCCUUCAGUUUGAAUUUUCAGGUCUACCAGCAUCGAAGCAGGAGUCAGGACUACACUAUUCAUGUUGGUAUUGGAAGGAAGUUGACCUUACAUAAAAGCAUUGUAACAGCUCGACAGAAGAUCACGGACAUCAGCCUCACGAUACCCACACCCCCUAGCCCUUUGAAAUGUUUCGUAACUGUGCAAGUCUGCAACAAACAUGCCCAGUGCGAUUCACAGUCCUACACAGUGAACUUUAACCUUCAUUUCGAGGACGAUUUAAAGUGGUUGUUAGCCUUGCCAUUUUUGUUUCUUUGUGUGUUUGUGUUGUGGGCUUUUCGUGAUGUAAGUGCAGACUCUUCUUUACCUGUAGCAGCCUCAGAUAGCAGGAAGCUUUUGUAAUUAUAAUUGUCUUAUAGCUAUAUCUUAAUAUUCUUGCUCUGUAAACCUCUUUUUGUACAUUGUAAAUCUAACAAAAGUUCUGCAGUUGUCAA